AUGGCUCCUCCAGAGUUCAACGGUAUCACGCCCUUUCUCCUCUAUACCAUCGGCAUUGUCACGCUCGGCCCACUCCUCUUUGGCUAUCAUUUGGGCGAGCUCAAUGCACCCCAGAAAGUCAUCACAUGCAAAGUGGACGAGAUUCCUGGAUAUAUCGCUCUCGGACUCCCACAAUGUCUUCCAAUGAAUGCCUUUGAAUGGGGUAUGAUUCAGUCAAUGUUCACCGUGGGUGGGUUCUUCGGUGCCAUCUUCUCUGGUGCCCUUGCUACAAACUUCGGACGACUUUUUACCAUGAAAUGGGCAGCGUUUUUCUUGGCUAUUGGACCCAUUGCAGAAGCGCUCGCAGGCAAGAUGUGGUUGCUUGCUCUUGGCAGAGCACUUUCUGGUAUCGGAGCUGGUGCAGCCACAGUUGUGUGUCCCUUGUACAUCUCCGAGGUGUCACCCCAGAACCAACGCGGGUUUUUUGGUGCCUUCACUCAAGUCCAGAUCAACUUCGGCAUCGUUGUGGCUCAGCUCUUGGGCUACUUUUUGUCAACAUCGGGGAAGUGGCGUUGGAUCCUCGCUAGUGGCAGCUACAUCGCCGGAUUGAUGUUUUUCGGCUUGACCAUAACUCCAGAAACCCCCAAAUGGCUCGCUGCAAACAAUCGGCCUCGCAUGGCUAGGGGGGUGUUGCAACGGCUUCGAGGCAAGAAUGCCGACAUUCGGGAAGAGAUGGAAUCCUGGGAUAUGUCAGGAGAAGCCGAGGAGGAGAGCCUUCUGGGACCUCCCCAGGGCCCUCGACCACAGAAACAGGCCAACAUGUCUAUCAUUGACGUUAUCAGAAUCCCCAAGUACCGACGGGCGGUGAUUGCCGUCACGGGAACCAUGAUGGCUCAACAGCUCUGUGGUAUCAACAGCGUUGUCAUGUAUAGCGUUGCCAUCCUGGGAAAGAUCAUGCCCAAGCAGGCCGGCCUCAUCACCGUUGUUGUUUCAGCUGCGAACGUCCUUAUCACGUUGUUAGCGUCACCCUUGCCCGACAAGAUUGGCCGCAAAACCUGUCUACUCAUUUCAAUCAGCGGCAUGGGCUCGGCAUCAGCUAUGCUCUUUGCAGGGCUGGGACAGGACAUUCAGUGGCUGACAGUGAUCGCCAUCACCCUCUUCGUUGCCAGCUUCGGCAUUGGACUGGGACCGGUUCCAUUUAUUCUGACAAGUGAGCUUGUGGGCGCUGAGGCUGUUGGGGCAGUCUCGAGCUGGGCACUGGCUGGGAACUGGUUGUCCACCUUCCUCGUGUCAAUGUUUUUCCCUAUUCUGAACAAUGUGCUUGGAAACAAGGUCUGGUGGAUCUUCGCAGGAGUUGCCUGCUUCUGGGCUGCUUUUGUCGGUCUCUUCGUGCCCGAGAGCAAAGGCAAGGCGAGUGCAGAGGAGGUCUGGGGACGAGUGCGACACGCGUGA